AUGUCGGCCUCGGUGCACCCCGAGGUCCUGGGAGAGCCCACGCUUUAUCUGUCCGAGCCCCCACGCCCUCCUCGAAUCACAGGGCAGAUCACCGUGCCACAGAGCCAUGCAGUGCCUUCCCUGGGGGUCUACAACCACAUCGGGGUCCAGUCACAAAAGUCAGGCGGGGAACGAAACCCGUGGGCGUGGUACUCAGCCCACAAGAACCAUGGCUGCCAUGAAUGUGGCCACGAGGGCAUCACGUCUGCGGAUCUCUGGGGACCCCAAGAGUCUCUAAAUGGGACCCCCGGCCUCCAGGAAGCUCGGUGGGAGGAAGUGCUGUUGGAAAGCCCUGUGCAGGAGCUGGCCAGCGGGUCGAGGCCGGCCGCCCCCGGACACAGCUCGCUGCUGUGCCGGCCGGGGGCCCGUGACGUGCUGACGGACGACACACGGGCCACACACGGGCCACACCAACGCAGGGACCGCUAUGCGAGCGGUGCCGGCGGCAGCUGCUUUGCAGCCCACACAGCAGAGGCGACUGGGACGGGAGGGGAGAGCCGGCUCCACUGGGACCCCCGCUGCCAGCAGCCCCUCCCCAACAGAGCGCCCAUCACUGCGCUGCUGCCCCCGCGCCUCGACGGGCCCUGGGUCUCCACCGGCUGCGAGGUGCGCCCAGGACCCGAGUUCCUCGCCCGUUCCUACACCUUCUACCCCAACCGCCUCUUCCGAGGCUACCAGUUCUACUACCGGGACCCCUUCUGCCGGGAGCCCGCCCACUCCCUGCUCAUCAAGGGCAAGGUCCGCCUGCGCCGAGCCUCCUGGGUCACCCGGGGCGCCACCGAGGCCGACUACCACCUGCACAAGGUGGGCAUCGUCUUUCACAGCCGCCGCGCACUGCUCGAUGUCACCAGGAGCCUCAACGGGACGUGGGCGGGCCAGGACUGCGCCGGGCAGCUGCCCCCAGCCCGCGCCUGGCUGCCCGGGGCGCUGUACGAGCUGCUGAGCGCGCGGGCCAGGCGGGACUGCACGGCGGCGCUGGGCUUCACCAUGCACGAGCUCAGCCUGGUCCGCACGCAGCGCCGCGUGCAGCUGCAGCCCCGGGCCGGGCCCCGGCUAGUGGACGAGCUCUACCUGGGUGACGUCCACACCGACCCCGUGGAAAGGCAGCACUACCGGCCCACGGGCUACCAGCGCCCGCUUCAGAGCGCCCUGCACCACGCUCGGCCCUGCCCUGCGUGCAGCCUCAUCGCCGGCUCUGACGAGCACCACCCGCCCGUGCUGCCCGCCCCGGCGGCCCUGCCCCUGCGCCUGGGGGGCCGGUGGGUCAGCCCCGGCUGCGAGGUGCGCCCCGCUGUGCUGUUCCUCACCAGGCUCUUCACCUUCCACGGGCACAACCGCUCCUGGGAAGGAUACUACCACCACUUCUCGGACCCCGCCUGCCGUCAGCCCACCUUCACGGUCUACGCGGCCGGCCGGUACACCCGGGGCACGCCGUCCAACAAGGUCCUCGGGGGCACCGAACUCGUGUUUCAGGUCACGCGGGCCCGGGUGACGCCUAUGGACCAGGUCACCACAGCCUUGCUCAACGUCUCUGAACCGAGCAGCUGUGGGGGCCCGGGGGCCUGGUCCCUGGGGACCGAGCGGGACGUCACAGCCACCAAUGGGUGCCUGCCGCUGGGCAUCAGGCUCCCCCACGUGGAGUAUGAGCUUUUUAAGAUGGAGCGAGACCCCCUCGGGCAGAGCCUGCUCUUCAUUGGACAAAGGCCCACGGAUGGGUCAAGUCCCGACAGCCCGGAGAAGCGUCCCACUUCCUACCAGGCGCCCCUGGUGCUCUGUGACGGAGUGUCUGGGCCGCCGCCACAGAAGCCCCUCCCCGGCAGGGGGCCAUGUCCUCGGGUGGCCCCUCUCCCCGUUCUGCCCCUUGCUCUGGGGCUGGCCCUCCUCGAGUGGCUAUGA